CUCAUCAUCUAUGUUAAUUGAAGAGUAAAUGCAAAUCCGAGUCUAAAAAUAGGCGUCGAUCUAUAGGACUCAAAAAGUAGACGUGGGCCUCUCACUUUCUCCGCUACUAGCAGCCUCCCGUUCCGUUUCACUUGACCCUUUUGACGUUGACGUUCCAUUUUUUCAACUUUCUCUUCUUUUUUUUCCCUCUCUCUCUUGAAUUAUUAUUAAUAUAUUUUGUGUUUACGCAAUUUCCAAAAAUUAAAUAAAUUAAAAGAAUCUCUCGUAUAGACAAAGAGAGAGAGAGUCUGAGAUCGGUCCUUGACGAGACACUGCACUUUAACGGGUUUCAAAGUUUUUUUUUCACUCUCUUUUCUUUCUUUCUUUCUUUCUUUCUCUUCCAAUCAAGAACAAACCCUAGCUCCUCUCUUUUUCUCUCUCUACCUCUCUUUCUCUAUCUUCUCUUAUCACUACUUCUCUCGCCGAUCAAUCAUCAUGAACGAUCCUGAUAAUCCCGAUCUGAGCAACGACGACUCUGCUUGGAGAGAACUCACACUCACAGCUCAAGAUUCUGACUUCUUCGACCGAGACACUUCCAAUAUCCUCUCUGACUUCGGUUGGAACCUCCACCACUCCUCCGAUCAUCCUCACAGUCUCAGAUUCGACUCCGAUUUAACACAAACCACCGGAGUCAAACCUACCACCGUCACUUCUUCUUGUUCCUCAUCCGCCGCCGUUUCCGUUGCCGUUACCUCUACUAAUAAUAAUCCCUCAGCUACCUCAAGUUCAAGUGAAGAUCCGGCCGAGAACUCAACCGCCUCCGCCGAGAAAACACCACCACCGGAGACACCAGUGAAGGAGAAGAAGAAGGCUCAAAAGCGAAUUCGGCAACCAAGAUUCGCAUUCAUGACCAAGAGUGAUGUGGAUAAUCUUGAAGAUGGAUAUCGAUGGCGUAAAUAUGGACAAAAAGCCGUCAAGAAUAGCCCAUUCCCAAGGAGCUACUAUAGAUGCACAAACAGCAGAUGCACGGUGAAGAAGAGAGUAGAACGUUCAUCAGAUGAUCCAUCGAUAGUGAUCACAACAUACGAAGGACAACAUUGCCAUCAAACCAUUGGAUUCCCUCGUGGUGGAAUCCUCACUGCACACGACCCACAUAGCUUCACUUCUCAUCAUCAUCUCCCUCCUCCAUUACCAAAUCCUUAUUAUUACCAAGAACUCCUUCAUCAACUUCACAGAGACAAUAAUGCUCCUUCACCGCGGUUACCCCGACCUACUACUGAAGAUACACCUGCCGUGUCUACUCCAUCAGAGGAAGGCUUACUUGGUGAUAUUGUACCUCAAACUAUGCGCAACCCUUGAGGUAAGCUUGGUACGUAGCAAUAGCUAAGGAGGUGCUAACUCAUUAUAUAUAGAAGAUAUUGCAGACCAGAAUAUGCGCAGGGAGGGUAUAACAAUAUGGCGUUGUAACAAUGGAUCUAUAUAUUACCUCAUUGUUGAUCAAUAGCACACCACCGGUACGUUUGCAAUUUCUUCAUGUAUAUUUCUUGUUAUAUAUGUAGUUAUAUAUCCAGGUAUAAUUUUGAUGUAACACAACAUUAAUCUUAAUCGUGGAUCCAUCCCACAUUUGAUGCAUGUAUGUGCACUUAAGAAAAAGAACAUGGAGGAAAUAACGUUAUUUUUUAUUAUUCUUUUCAUCAAUUUUACAAUUAUUUUAUACUUUUAUCUUUAUAACUUUAGGGCGAUAUAUAUCUAUAUGAACUUUACAGAUUGCAAGAAUAUCCCCAAUUCAUAUUGGAGAACAGAAUUCGCGAUGCGUAAUUUAUAAAAAGAGAUUAUCAAUUGCUUUGGUGAAAAUAUCUUAUAACGUGGUCAAGGCAUGGAUAAUCCGAACAGCAUCGACUUAUAUGACAUGCCAUUGUGAAUGUGGUGAUAAUCUAUUCAUGUAACUAACAUGUUUUGUACGUUGGUAAAAAAGACGAAAUUUGUGGUAAUCAUCAAUCAUGUUUGACUUUUA